UUUUUAUUAUCGUUGAUGGUGUGGUGUUUUCACAACGUCAUGGGCCAGGUGCCAUUUCCAGAAAAUUGUCCCAAUGUGAAAAUUGUUGAAUCAUUCGAUUUGGAUAGAUAUAUGGGUAUUUGGUAUGAAUAUUCAAAAUAUCCUUUCAUUUGGGAAGCGGGACAAAAAUGUCAAUAUGCCAUUUAUAAAAAUAAUGGCAACAAUACUGUGGCGGUAAAAAAUGUCGGAACAUUUGUCAUUGUAAAUAAAUCGAGCAGUGUCCAGGGUACGGCCAAAGUAAUUGCACCCGGCCAGUUGGCAGUUGCAUUUAGAAAUCAAGAAGUCAAUGAACCAAAUUAUUUGAUAUUGGGUACCGACUAUGACAAUUGGGUUGUUGUCUACAGCUGUAAAAAUGUCAGCUCGUUUGCACAUACAAAAAUCAUUUGGAUAUUAAGCCGUCAACGACAACCCAGCGAAGAGGCCAUUCGUGCCGCAAAACAAGUCAUCAAAGAUAAUAAUUUGUCCGAAGAAUUUCUAAUGAAAUCAACUCAAACCGAUUGCCCAGAUGUCAACGACAACGAUGAGAAUGGCAGUGACCAAGUUGCCGACGCUUCAACUGUCUCAGAUCAAUCGAUUGAUUUCAGUUCAACAACACCGUCGAAUGUCAUUCAGACGGCAUGAGAAUUGCUUGGGCGUCUUAUCAGACGCAUCGUUGAGAUGUUUAUGUCAUUUAUGUAUUUUAUGCGACGUUCAUUGUACACUUUAUAGACUUAG